CUGUCCAAUGAAACUGCUGGCGCUAACAAAGUACUUCUGAGUCGAUUCAAAUCUUCUGUCAAGCAACUGCAGGCUAGAAGGGGAAAUGCCACCUCUCUGAUAGACGACCCACCCGAAGAAAACGGAGCGACUUGUCAUUGCUUUAUAGACUACAAGAAGAGAACAUCUCAGAAGUGGAGUCUCAUCUGAAAUCAAAGGAGUUAAAGAAAAAGUGGAAUUUUUCUUCAGCAAGUUGUGAAACUAAAUCCACAACCUUUGGAGACCCAGGAACACCCUCCAAUCUCUGUGUUCUUUGUAAACAUCACUGGAGAAUCCUCUGGGCUGGCAAUUGGAUUGUCACCACCCUGCCUGUUUUGUGCCUGGGAAGUGCCCUGGUCUUGCUUGGCUCCAAAUUGUUGGCUUUCACUUUUGACCCGAAGCAUCUGAAGUCAUGGGCCACACAUGGAGGCAGGGAAUAUCACCAUCCAAGUGUCCAUACCUCAAGUUCUUUCAGCUCUUGGUGCUGGCUUGUCUUUCUCAUUUCUGUUCAGGUGUUAUCCACGUGACCAAGGAAGUGAAAGAAGUGGCAACGCUGUCCUGUGGUCACAAUGUUUCUGUUGAAGAGCUGGCACAAACUCGCAUCUACUGGCAAAAGGAGAAGAAAAUGGUGCUGACUAUGAUAUCUGGGGACAUGAAUAUAUGGCCCGAGUACAAGAACCGGACCAUCUUUGAUAUCACUAAUAACCUCUCCAUUGUGAUUCUGGCUCUGCGCCCAUCUGACGAGGGCACAUACGAGUGUGUUGUUCUGAAGUAUGAAAAAGAUGCUUUCAAGCGAGAACACCUGGCUGAAGUGAUGUUAUCCGUCAAAGCUGACUUCCCUACACCUAGUAUAACUGACUUUGAAAUUCCACCUUCUAACAUUAGAAGGAUAAUUUGCUCAACCUCUGGAGGUUUUCCAGAGCCUCACCUCUCCUGGUUGGAAAAUGGAGAAGAAUUAAAUGCCAUCGACACAACAGUUUCCCAAGAUCCUGAAACUGAGCUCUAUACUGUUAGCAGCAAACUGGAUUUCAAUAUGACAACCAAUCACAGUUUUGUGUGUCUCAUCAAGUAUGGACAUUUAAGAGUGAAUCAGACCUUCAACUGGAAUACACCCAAGCAAGAGCAUUUUCCUGAUAACCUGCUCCCAUCCUGGGCCAUUACCCUAAUCUCAGUAAAUGGAAUUUUUGUGAUAUGCUGCCUGACCUACUGUUUUGCCCCAAGAUGCAGAGAGAGAAGAAGGAAUGAGACAUUGAGAAGGGAAAGUGUACGCCCUAUAUAACCGUAUCGGCAGAAGCAAGGGGCUGAAAAGAUCUGAAGGUCCGAGCUCCAUUUGCAACUGACCUCUUCUGGGAACUUCUUCAGAUGGACAAGAUUACCCCAUCUUGCCCUUUAUGUGUCUGUUCUUAGGUGCUUCUUCACUUCAGUUGCUUUGCAGGAAGUGUCUAGAGGAAUAUGGUGGGCACAGAAGUAGCUCUGGUGACCUUGAUCAACGGAUUUUGAAAUGCAGAAUUCUUGAGUUCUAGAAGGGACUUUAGAGAAUACCAGUGUUAUUAAUGACAAAGGCACUGAGGCCCAGGGAGGUGACCAGAAUUAUAAAGGCCAGAGCCAGAACCCAGAUGUCCUAACUCUGGUGCUCUUUCAUCAGUUUGACUGUGGCCUGUUAACUGGUGUAUACAUAUACAUGUCAGGCAAAGUGCUGCUGGAAGUAGAAUUUGUCCAAUAUCAGGU